UUAGGAAUCUUUUGUGUUAUAAUAAAUAUAGAAAAUACGUGUAGUUAAUGAACAAUUAUAUUAAUGUGAUUUAGAAGAUAAAUACAGUGAAAUAUGGUGUAAAAACUAUGUGAAACAAGUGAAAAACAGAACAGUGCUCCAAGUUAACCUUGAUUGAAAGAGGGACAGUGCGAAGUAGGUUAUUAUGGCACUAUAAUUUGGCCAAUAACAGUGUAAUAUUAAACGAAUAAAAAGUACCGAUAACAAUAUUUUAACAGAAUAAUAUGUAUUUCAUAAACGUUUCAAGGUAAAGAUAAAUAAAUAAAAUGAAAAUCAGAUAUGACGAGAUGCUUGCGAAUAUGCGGGUCGUAUUCGUAUCGCUUGACACGAAGGCAUUCGACGAUUCUACUUAUUAUAAUAUUUAUAUUAAUUCUCACAACGAUAUUCCAUUUAUACGGAUACAAGCACAAGCAACAACGACGUACACCUUCCCAAAUAGGUGACUUUGAAUAUAGACCGGGAUCUUUUUUAAAAAACAAACAGCCCAACGAAAAUUUAAGUUACUGCCAGUUUAGGUACGGUCUACCUAAAAAGUUGCAAUGGAACAGUUUGCAGAUACACAAUUCACCAGAAAUCGGUUCAAAAGGUCCUUACAGAGUUAUUUAUAAUGCUAUUAAAGGAACCGCUUUUGCUAACCAUACAAAAUAUAAUACAGUAACAUAUGCAACACAUGCAACGCCUGAAUUCCUUUAUCAUGUAGUAGAGAUUGCUAGAUAUUGGGAAGGACCUAUCAGUCUAUCCGUAUUCGUGCCUAAUUACGAUUUAGAUGUAACAAUGCAAAUUAUGUCACAUCUUUGCCGUUGUUAUCCAGGUAUGGCUAAAGUAUCUAUACAUUUAUUUUAUCAUGUACAUCAUCCUCCAAAGAUAAGAUCGCGAAAGGAAAUCUUAGCGUCUCUUACCACGGAAAUACCAACAACAACAGCGAAUAUAACUAUAGAACAAAUAUUAAAAAAUAAACUAGAUAAUUAUAGAAAACUUAAUAACAAAACGAGAGCACAAUACAUACAAUGGGUUAGAAAGAAUAAAAUAGCAAGGAUGAUGAAACGCAUGGCACUAAAAGAGAAUACAGCACCGAAUUUAAAGUUUGAAGAUUGUUCCGGACUGGAUCAUGAUAUACCAACUUUUAGAAAAGAGAAUCGUAUAAUUUAUCCUAUCAAUGUUGGUAGAAACAGUGCAAGGAAUGCAUCUACGUCGAAUUACUUCCUAGUAUCAGAUAUAGAAAUGAUACCAAGUGACGGUUUAGCUCAGAAAUUUCUCAAAAUGGUACGAAAAUUAAUGGGAGACAAAAAACGUGAUGAUGGAUGCAUUUUCGCUAAGACGAUUUUCGUAGUCCCUUUAUUUGAAGUUGAAAAAGGAGAAAUGAUUCCAAGAGACAAACAAUCGUUAGUACGUUUGGUCGCUGCCAACAGAGCAUUUUACUUCCAUCAGCGUGUCUGUUCACAUUGCCAACGCUUCCCUGGUCUUCAGUCCUGGUUACUGCGGCGUUCGCCCCCUGACGUAGAGCCCAUGUUGAUAGCACGUCGCGAGUAUCCCUACCAUAGAUGGGAACCAUUAUACUUCGGCACGCAGAGAGAACCUUGGUACAGUGAAACGCUCUCGUGGGAGGGAAGACAAGACAAAAUGACACAGAUGCUGGAAUUAUGUCUGCAAGAGUACCGAAUGGUGGUCUUAGACGGUGGCUUUCUCAGCCACGCUGCAGUCACGAAGACGAUGGCCCACCACAGUAAUGCGGAGAGAUUGAACAACCAAAAGUAUUUGAAUAUAAUCGGAAAACUUAAAAAGAAGUACCCUGAUAGGCCUCAAUGUAGAGUUAUGUGGGGAUGUUGACAAAAUCUGAUAAUUAGAUUUUA